AACCAUAUAAUAACCUGAGUCCUGCUAAACCCAAUCCUAAAAGACAAGACAUGAUCAAGAACCAAAAGCCUUUGAUGCAUCGAGAAAGAAUGUAUAGUAAACGAAGGAAACAACAUCGUCACUUUAACCAGACUUUUAACUCUUCCGGUUACAGUAAACCUCAGCCUCAAGAUUCUACCGUAAUUUAUCGUUGAAAGUGACCUAGGAUCCAUAAGACUCGAGUACUGAGACUCCAAAUACGAAGGCGAAAAAGCCUCUAAACUCAGCUCCGCCGAUGAAAUUGUAAAACGCUAUUGGUUCGUCACUGUCUCAACCAUGCACGCUCCUCCGAUCUGUUCGUUUUAAAUGAAUGUUCCGUAAAAAAGAAGAUACACGUAGAUGUCUAUGAAUACAACUAUACAAGAAAUGGACCAAUAAGAAUCGAAAACAAAGAUCGCCACGUAUGCUUAAUCUUUUAUCCUCAAUCAAAUCUGGACCGUUGAACAUACCUUUAAUCGCACGUCUAUCAACUCCUCUCCCGUUAAUCUCCCAAAAUUAACCGACCUAAUGAUUCACCUCCUCACUAUAAAUUCACUAAUCUGUUUUACUUUUCUCUUAAGUUAAAACACAGCAACAUUCAAAAGCUUUUAGCGAUUCUUUCUCUCUGAUUCAAAUCUUCAUCGUUCUUGAAGAAGCCAUGGCUCGUACGAAGCAAACCGCGAGAAAAUCACACGGAGGAAAAGCUCCAAGGAAGCUGCUCGCUACCAAGGCGGCGAGGAAAUCUGCGCCGAGUACCGGUGGAGUCAAGAAACCUCACCGUUACCGUCCUGGAACCGUCGCUCUUCGUGAGAUUCGUAAAUACCAGAAGAGCACAGAGUUGUUAAUCCGUAAACUUCCAUUUCAGCGUCUUGUUCGUGAAAUCGCCCAAGAUUUCAAGACGGAUCUGAGAUUCCAGAGCCACGCAGUGUUAGCGCUUCAAGAAGCUGCGGAGGCAUAUUUGGUGGGUUUGUUUGAAGAUACAAAUCUGUGUGCCAUUCAUGCAAAGAGGGUUACGAUAAUGCCUAAAGAUGUUCAAUUGGCAAGAAGGAUUCGUGGAGAGCGUGCUUAGUCUAUUAGGGUUUUGGAUUGUUUCUGCUUUAUCUACUUUUAACAAAAAAUACAUUAUGUUAAACUCUCUUUGAGAGAUGAAUUGGUUAUGGAUGAUUCAUUAUUAUUGUUUUUUAUA